AUGGCGAGCAAGAAACCCAUAAUUAUGUUCGUCCACGGCGCGUGGCAUACCCUUGAACACUAUCGUGUUUUUCUAGCCAUCCUCCAGAGCAAAGGCUACACGGUUAUCGCACCCGACUUGCCGUCAAGGACUGUCGAAACUGUGGUUGACCCAACCAAGGCGGAUAUAGAACUCAUUGCAAGCAUAGCCCGGAACUCGCCAACGAAGGGCAAGGGAUUCGGACUCGGCAUUGAAGCCAGGAGGUCACAGGGGCUAAACGGCGGUGUGAGGCGGAUCGUCAUUGUUGCUGGAUUCAUACUAGAGAAGGGCGUUUGCAUCGAGACCAGCGCCCCGAUAGAUUCUUUGGAUUGGUGUUACUAUGAGGGUAGCCUCAAGGUGAUAGACCGGAAGCUAGAUGCUGGGCCGUUCUUCUACCCGGACAUCUCCCACCAGGACCAGCAGAGCGCGCUGAGACGCCUUGUCAAGCACCCGAAAGCUUGCUCUUUCUACUCGCCCGAGAACAAGGCAUACACAGAGAUAGAUACGACGUUUGUCUACUGUGGGAAGGUCAUGGCGUUCCCACAAGCAGCACAGAGAGAUAUGAUCAUGUCACUGAAGGAUCGGAGGGUCAAGGUUGACGAGGAGUCACUUCCAAGUGGCCACUUUCCAAGCCUGAGCAUGCCAGAUAGGCUCGCAGAGAUAGUGCUCAAAUACUGUGCAUAGGAUAAAAAGUAAAAACUGAUGGUCUCACAGGGUUACACACCGGCUGCAUCUUUGUUUGCCUGCAGCGCCAGGCCGCCCGUCUGACUAGGAUCUGAUGCAUGCUCCCGUUUCCAACCUAACAGAACUGAUUAAUCAUGUUUGCAGCUGGAGA